AUGCUGUCUAUCGCAGAUCACCUAUCAGACCGCUGUCAAAAGCUUCAAGAUGUUAGCUAUGUCAACCUCGCAAUAUCUAUUCGCGGAUCCUCGGAAGGGAUAUCACCCUUCUUCAUACUUCUAGGCACAACAUCAGGAACGUGCGCUUUUGCAAAUAUAAUAGUUCUACCAGCUUCUCGUGCGGAUGUAGCAUGUUGUGAAAUUGUGAGCACAUUCGAAUGUGCGGCAGGAUUACUAGGGAUUGCUCAGGUUGGAGUUCAAUGGUUCUGCUUCAGUGUGAUAUUACUACUUUUCAUGGUAUUCUUCCCGAGAUCUCCAACCCUUCCUACCCUUGAUCAUAAUAAACAACGAUAUACAUGGCGUACAGCUGUCACGGUGGCUUUGAUCUGCCUUUUUCAUGGCUUCGCUACUAUCAUUGUCAGUGUAUCGUUAGCACUUGCUCGUCCUAAUUCUCUUGGAGUAUGGGCCAACACGUUAGGAAUUAUAGCUACAAUCCUAGCAGGAAUCCAAUACCUACCUCAAAUCUGGUUAACGUACAAUCUUGGGCAUAUUGGAAGUUUAAGCAUACCCAUGAUGUUGAUCCAGACUCCGGGUAGCUUCGUUUGGUCUGCUAGUCUUUUCGCUAGAUUAGGAGCCGGGGGCUUGAGUACAUGGGGUGUAUUCUUAGUUACAGGGUGCCUACAAGGAUGCUUGUUGGUAAUGGGAAUUUCCUUCGAAUUGAAAGCUAGAAGAGAAAGACAGAAUAGUGAGGAGGGAGUUUCCAAUAGCAGGUGUAUCGUUGGAUAUAUCGCAGGGCGAGAACACGAUACAGAUGACGAAGGCGGAACGACUGUUGAGAAUACACCACUGUUGUCCGAGUCGGGGUCAGCAAGAAAGCUGCCUCGAAAUUCUGGACGAAACUCUUCAUCUGAUUAG